GUGAUCCGAGUUAUGUUGUGAGUCUUCUGUUUCUUAUUAGUUCAAAUUUUCAUUCUGCUGAAAAUAAUGAAUCUGCGUCCAAAAUCGGAUUCUUCUAGUGCAGAAAGGUGGUAAAACAUGAGCAGUUGGAAAUUAAUUGGUAGUAGACUGCCAAUAGUUGCCAGUAGAAUCUUUCCGUCGGAAUCAUGGAACGGGCCGGAACAACUGCCAAAGCUGCAAUCGCGUUCGAAUCAGUCACAAACGCGUCACGCGUUGAUGGAUUUGCGACGGCAGGCUAUACCAGUUGACCGCCAGCGACAGGUUCUCCACGAGCUGGUGGACAAGUUGGAACGAUCACCGACUGAGAAAAAAUUUGCCAUACGGGAAGGAGCUAUAGAAUUGCUCAAAGAGUUGCAGUAUUCGCCGGAUCCGGUCAUUGUUGAGCAUGCUCGGCUUGGACUGGCCCUGAUGGGCUAUGUGCCUCCACUGCGCGGACCGGGCAUUAGAAUUCUCAGUGUUGAUGGAGGCGGAAUUCGAGGUAUUAUCGUUGCUGAAUUGCUCCGAAAGAUGGAGAAGAUGACCGGCCGAAAGAUCUUUGAGCUAUUCGAUCUGGUGUGCGGAGUAUCGACGGGAGCAAUUCUGUUGUGUGCUUUAGCAUCCGAAAAGAAACUCACCCUGGACGAAAGCAUACACCUGUACAAGAGAAUGAGCCACAAAAUGUUCCACCGGCCAACAACGCUGGACAUGCUGACCGGUGCAUCCCGUUUAAUGUCAACUCAUGCGUACUACGACAUCGAUCUGUGGGAAAGUUUACUAAAGCAACACGUUGGAUAUUGUAGAAUGAUAGAUACGUCGAAAUUAGCCCAUGUUCCAAAGUUCUGUUGUGUGUCGACCACCAUUUGUGACGAGUAUAUCGAUGCGCACGUGUUUAGGAAUUACGCGUUCCCACUGAACGUGCAGUCAGUGUACUCCGGUAGCCAUUCGGCUCGCCUCUGGGAGGUGGUACGGGCAUCUUCGGCAGCACCGGCCUAUUUCGGGGAUUUCCAGCUGGAGGGCAAACUCCACCAGGACGGAGGCAUUCUCUAUAAUAAUCCGACGGCCGUGGCCAUCCACGAAGCGAAAUGCCUGUGGCCCGAUGAGGCGAUCCAGUGCGUGGUAUCGUUCGGGACGGGCAGAACCCGAACGAGACCACGCGAUUGGAAGGACGGUCAGAAGAUCAUCAGCAAGAAUAUUAUCGAGCAGACGUCGCUUUCCAGCUCGUGGAAGACGAAGUUUUUGCGAAUUUUGGACUCGGCAACGGAUACGGAAGCAACCCACACCACACUGAGCGAUCUGUUGCCACCGGGGCGCUAUUUCCGCUUCAAUCCGUACUUAACGGAGUUCCUCUCGAUGGUGGAAACCCGACCGGAGAAGAUUGGCCAACUAGAACGGGACACGAUGGAGUACUUCAGCCGCAAUGAGGAUAAAUUCGAACAGGUGAGCAACUUGCUAACCCGCAAACGAAGCCUGAUCCUCAAAGCGUACGAUGCGGUUCGGGCCUCAUUUGGCGGUUAGGAACAACUUGCACCGCACACUCUACCCUCAGUUUGCUCCAGUCCAGUCGUUGUUUAGAAGAAGUAAGUUAUAUAGUUCCAAAGAUUAAGUAAGAAUUUGCAAACAGUAUCUCGAAUAUCUUAACGCAUUCGAGCAAGUUCAUUUUUCACAAGCGCCCCAUUAAAUUUCGAAUGAUCUUGAUUUUACACGCUGUAUUAUAAUGGUAAUUAGCUUAUACAAGUCAGUUUUUGUUAGUCGUAGACUAAAGCGUUUGUUUACGUUGUGAUUUAUGUUACCGGACUAAAGCGAAGUCGAUAUAUUUUACCUCGUUCUAAGAAGCAAGGUUACACGAAUAAACAAACUUUUCGAGAAAACGAAAUCCAAA